CUGGGGUCCUGAGCCAAACUGUGUUAUGUAAGGGAUACACUGUUUCUCAUCCUGAUGUGGAGUUACUCGAAAGUUUACAGACUGCGAGUCUGACUAAAGUCUGCUCUGUAGACGCGUAAUUUGAUUUAAGCAGUGCGUCUGCGAACAUUUUGAAGAGGACUGGCCUUGAGGACUGACUUUUUGCCAAAGAGCCGUCAUCCGAUCGUAAACCUAAUUGAAAACUGACCUUAAACACUGCCAAGGAUCAAGACUUUGUUGGUUAAUAUUCAACUCUGGAAGCCUGAUGUGCCUGAAGGGGACUUUGGAAAUGGGACUUUAGGUUUUCAGAGCAGCCGGACGCACGGACAUGGGGACAGGUACAAGCCGAGGGAAGAAAGUCGCACCUGCGUGUCUCAACGAGGUGAAUGAGUCCAAAACAGGGACCGGUGUCACCUCACCCAAGCAGGACAGCAGUUCAUUCAAGCCUCACAAAAUCCACACAGUUUUGCGCAACGCGCGUAACCGCGCGCAACCGGACUGCCACAGCGAAGGACACGACUCAGACUUCUCUGGAGAGGACGAUGAUAUUGAUGCUGAACUGGACACGGUUCUGGCAGAUUAUGAUGACCGAGAGAGAUCCUCCGUGAAGAAAAAUCCUCCGAGGAAGACUUUCAUCAGGUCCAAAACAUACGGUCUCUGUCAUUUCAGCCAGGAGGACGCUGAGGACGACCUCAGAUCUGUUCCUCGGCUAACAGCGUCAGGAAGAGCAGAGGAGACACGUGUCUCACACGGUGUGACAAGAGAUGUAAACAAGAGGAGUCAGUCUGCCUUCACACACUUUAAAAAACACACACCUGCCUGCCCCAGUCAGCACAAUUUCUCCUCGCAGGGCCUUCUGAGAAGAGAGGCUUUGUUGGAAGCUGUCCCCACAUCAGAUAAACAAUCGGCCAUUGGCAGCAGCCAGAGCUCCCCUGUCACCAUGCCAGUCAUCCUGUACGAUGGAUCAGAGGAGGAGCUGAUGGACACCAUUGAGAGAGACUUUAGUUGACCACCAGCUGAGAAUACUGCAGCAAAGCUGCUGCCCUUUCAAGCUGUGUUCAUGUGAUACCGUUUGCAGAAGACAUUUUAGAAAGAAAGGAGCCAGGGUUUGAAUUGACAAAUUUCCUGAGUCAAGGGAAGGAUGUGCGUUUGUUUUUUUUUUUGUGCAGGGUCGUCCAGAUAAAGUUAAACUUGAGAAGCAACUCGAGUCACUCCCAGCCAUUGCAUUUAGACAAGUCUUAUUUAACAUCAUGAGGCAGUGUAAUUGCAGAAUUGUAAAACACAGCUUGAACUCAUGCCAGGAGGAUCUCCUCACGCCGAACCCAGGCUGCUAACCUGACUCAGGCAGCGGUAGGGUGUCACUGUCAUCCUUUCAGUCCUGGCGGACCCCCGCUGAGCACGCACCUACUUAUUUGUUACCCAUUACUUACAUCGUUUUAACUUGUCUGUUAAUCUGUAAACGGCAGAACACAGAUGGAUAGCAGCAUUUCAGCACAGGAGGUACAUGCCGCAUGGGAAGACGGACACCUUCCCACCUCUGUGUGUUCAGUACAUUACACUGGGCUGAAGGUUUUCAUACGUGGCAACCUUGAAAAGACGCAGGGAAUGUUUAUUCAAGGUUUCCUUCCUGACCACAGCUCUGGCACUUCUCCACCCAUGUGAAGGAGGAAUGCGCAGCGCCAGAGAGACUUUUUGUGAGGCUAUGUUUGACCCAGCUGCGUUAAACAUAAAAGCCUGCUGCCACUUAGUGGUGGCACACAGCACUUGUACGCACGAGCACAAGCCGCAACGUUUAAGUUGUCAUUUGAGCACGUGUGAACAAACCGUCAGCGAUGGAUAGAAGGUUUGCGUUUUGUAAGGCAAAUAAAACAUAUUUUCACGAGUUCUUCACUCAUUUAAUUGUUGCAUUCAUCACAGGGACAAGUGUAGAGUUUUCGACAGACUGUACAAAAUAAAAUGUGCGACUGAUAAACAAUAAAAUAUGACACGUUUUUUUUACAAACAUCUUGCAUAAUAUAUUUAAAAAAUAAAAGAGUCCGGAGCCCAGUGUGCUGAGUGCGAUGUUCACACUGAUAGGAGUACAGUACUUUGACAGCUUUUAAAAAUGUGUCUAUGGCAUUGUUAAUAUUAGCAUUUGAGAUGCUCUUUAACUAACAGUCUGCUUCUUUGAAGGCCUGUAGAAAGAAACCCUCCUCUGUACCGCCUUCAGCAGCUUGGAAGGCAGCAGAGGAAGCUGAUUUCUGAGCAUCUCGUAGUUCCUCACAUUCUUGGCAAUGUAAUCCUCGCAAAUCCUGGUGGGGAGACAAAAAAAGUCAUUCAUUUUAAAUACAUUUGAUCAGCAGAUAUUUUAACGUGUCAGAGCAGAAUGAGUACAGGUGAAACUAAUAUUAAUAUCUGCAGCUCUGGAAAUGACAGUACAUGUUAUGCAGCCAUCAUUGCUUAAAGGUCCAGUGUUAAUGAAAUCAUAGUGUUCACAUUGUUCUUAUUUUUUUUUUCUUCCAUGAAGUCCACCAUGAGGCCUUGCCUGGUGUCUUUUGUCUGCAUGCUUCUCCCCUGAUUGGGUUCACUGUGUCUCAUUAACCCCUCGGCCCAUGUGUGUGUAUAUAUAGCCCUGCCUCUCUCUUCAUUCUCUGUGAAGUUGUCUGUUCUGUGAUGUUAUCCUGUUCGUCUCACUGUUCAGUUCCUAGUAGUUCCCAAGUUAUUGUUUUGGCCUUACCUGUUUUUCCAGCUUCUUUGGUUCACAAAUAUGUGGUCUGACCCCAACACCUUCAAAUCCCUUUUAAAAAAAUCACCUCUUUAAGAUUGCUUUUAACGUUUAGCCACUUCACAAUGUUCAAUUUUACUGUUCUCUUACUUCAUUCAUUGUUUAUUUAAUGUGUUCUGUUUUGUGACUUUGAGUUUUGAAAGGCGCUAUACAAAUAAAAUGUAUUUUUAUUAUUAUUUUCAUUAAAAUAAUUUUGGCUUCAUA